CAAACUUCAGCCACAAACAACAACAACAACAACAAAUGAUUGAUAGCAAACACACAAAUAUGAAUUGACAAUUCAUACUCGACAUGUUCGGAUUUUUGUAUUUUUGUUGAAAUCAUAUUUACUAUUUUGGUGGAAUUAUUUCAAUGGCAGAAACAUAAUGGCACUCUAGGGCCACAAUAAAGUAUUCCUUACUUUUUAUGGUUUUGUUUUUUUACAAGAAACAAAUGGAACUCGAACGUUUUGAGCAUAAUGGAUCAUUCCAAGAAUCUUUCCGGGGACCUGAACCAAAUUUAGCCAGGCAGUUAUACGAUGAGACGCCAAUAUUCAUAAUAGGAAACAUGGCAGGAAAUAUUGGUUAUGAAGAUGGACACCCCAACAUAAAUUCAAUUGGGCAUGCUAAACCACCAUUAAGACGUCAGCCUUCGUAUUAUACUCCAGACAUGGAAGAUCGGAUGCGACGACGUUUGAAGUUCCAUUUUAUGGACCCCAUAGAAAAAUUAAAAGCCAAAAAACGAAUACCAUGGAAGAUGUUGUUACAAGUGGUGAAAAUUAUUUUGGUAACAAUACAGUUGUGCAUUUUUGGUUUGGAACGAGGAAAUUUUGUGGACUAUGUUGAGAAAAAUACAAUAUCAUUGAAGCACCUAUUUCUGAAAGACUGGGAAGCUGCCUAUGAAACCCUUCCUUACCCGCCUGCAACUGGCACAUAUGCUGUCUACGAGAUCAGUUCUGUUUUUGAACAUAUUGAUUUUGUAUCAAAUCAGUACAGUAAAAUGAAUCGCAUAGCAAUUGGAGGAUACCAUUUCUGGCACCACAAUGCUUCUGCAAUUCCAACUGUUUCAAUGUGCAAAACUAAUUAUUAUUCUGGAUCUUAUUUUCCUAACGGAACAUUUAUUUUCAACCCAAGAUUAAUUCGCACAUGUGCUAAUGUAACACAAGUUGAUUUUGGAAAUGGAACAGUGAAGUUUGAUUUUAAAGAAUUUCUGAAACGAAAGAAGAUUCGUUUAAGCUUGGAUCGAUUAUUGAAAAUUGAACUCAACUUCUUGGUGCAUACAGUGCGUCUUGAGCUAGAUGUUCCUCACCGAUGUCCUAUCUGUUUCCUGAUGAAUGUUUCAAUUACAUUUGACAAUAGUGACCGCAAUGGGCAAAUGCUGGUGUUUCUCAAUCCAAACAUUUCUGAAGUAGGGUGUCGUGGAAUGAUAAUAGGCUUAAAUGAAACAGAAAAGAAGAGAGUCCAGACAGCCUUUGAUAUUUUUAUCAUAAUUGUCAGCACAAUGUCAAGUAUUCUUUGCUUAAGGUCAAUAUGGCGAGCUCAAAGUUUAAAACAUGAAACUGCCAAAUUUUUCAAGAAUCAUUUUCGGAAAGUAUUAGAGUGGUAUGACCGCUUGGAAUUUCUGAACAUGUGGUUUAUCCUCAUUGUUAUAAAUGACUGCCUUACCAUUGUUGGAUCUUGUUUUAAAAUCAAAAUAGAAACUCGAUGUUGUAAGUGCAAGAAUGUACCCAAUACAUCCCAAAACUACGAUCUCUGUGCCAUUAUGCUUGGCACAGGAAAUCUCCUAAGUUGGAUUGGUGUUCUCCGCUAUCUUGGAUUCUUCAAAAAAUAUAAUAUUUUGAUAUUGACCCUCAAGAGAGCUGCACCAAAUGUUUUACGUUUUCUUACUUGUGCUCUACUUAUGUACUUUGGAUUUGUGUUUUGUGGUUGGGUUAUAUUAGGUCCUUAUCAUAUAAAGUUCCGUCAUUUGAGCACCACAUCAGAAUGUUUGUUUUCUUUAGUCAAUGGUGAUGAUAUGUUUGUGACUUUCUCUGCAUUGCAAACCAACAACAGUUUCAUUUGGUUUUACUCCCGUGUCUAUCUUUACUGCUUUAUUGGCAUCUUCAUCUAUGUUGUGCUAAGUUUAUUUAUUGCUGUCAUCAUGGAUUCUUAUGAAACAAUUAAGCAUUAUUAUGAAAAUGGUUUCCCACGCAGUGAAUUAUUUGAGUUCAUAGAUGAAUGUACUGAUCCUCCUCACUCAGAGAUUUAUCGCCAAGAACUACGGGGUUGGGACUGCAGCACUGUGUUUUGUUUCUGUUGUAAAAAUCGAAAUCCAGAGGAACUUGAGGAAUCCACACGUUUGAUUGGCUGAUAAAAAACCAGAAGAUAGCUAUAACUGGGUGAAAAUAACAGAAAUAUGAUGUAGAGUUAAAGAUUUUUUUUUUCUGUCUUUUUUGUUGAUAAUUUCCUUCCAAGGAACCAAACCAAACCAAACCGACAGAAUUUCUUUAAAAUAGAAAAUUGUAAAUUUUUCUUGACCUAAUUUAUUGUAAAAUAGUUUUUUUCAUUUUCUCGCAGAGUUUAAUUUUUCAAAGUGAAUUUUUUUUAUAGCGAAAAAUAAUUUAAAUAGAAAAGAAAAGCUGACAGCUACCUCUUGGAAAAUGUUUGGUAAUAACUCUAGAAAAAGUAACUGAGUGCAUCCAACCACAAAUACGUGUAUAUUUGUAAUGUUCCUAUAUUCUAAAUAGGUAUGUGAAUUCACUAUUUGCUACAUCAUAUUCGUGCCUCUAUGUACUUCUUGCCAUAUUAGCAAAGAGUAUUGUGCACUUAUUUGUAGGGAUUUAGUAGAAAUGUACACACACGCAGUUGGUUUGCUCUCCACUCAUUACUUUGGUAUUACGAAGGGGAUAUAUACACAAAUAUGCCAUUUUGUAGUCAUUAUUUGUAUGAUGAACACUGUUAGAAUUUAUAUAUGAAUUUUUAAUUUAUAAUUUCCCCCCUCCCCACUGCCAUCUGUUAUAAUACUCAAUACAUCUCUUAUAUACUCAGUGGAAGCAAAUUCUAUAUUUGGUAAAAUUUGUUUCAAAUAACUGUGGUUAUACAGGAAACCCCCUGUCUGCAAACAGAAGGUGAUUUAAAUGAUGUGUGUAUUUGAAUGAACUGCACCAGUCUCCAAAUAUUUUUAUUUGGGAAUAUGCAAAUGAUAUAUUGUGUUCUAAAAAUUGUUAUCACCCUUGUUAACUCCUGUGCAGGAUCGGAGACUGUUCACUACAUGUAAUAGUAUGCAUACAUCACAUUGCACUAUAUAACUAUUACUACUGCUAUGCUAUAACAGCCUUUAUGAAAACCUAGACAUCCACAUUUCAUUUUACUAGUCAGUGCAUAGUACAAUAACAGGAGCUUACUCAUUGCAAUACAUCAAUACAUAACCUGUGUACAUGUAACACACACACGUACAACUGUUGGUUCAGUUGAUUGUGUCCUUUCCAUUGCAAAUGCAUGAUGUUGUCAGUGAGAAAUCAUUACUUUUAUUUGUGAACUGCUUGAGAAUGUACAUAGAUUUACUAGAACUCUUAUCAGUACUGCAAUAUUACAUACAUAAAUGACAUAUCACUAUGGCAUUAUUAUAUGCACUGCAUUGAAAUACAUACUACAGCAUGAAAAUCAUGCUGCUCCACACUGCCACAUUGUUUUUCUUCAAGCUAUUCCAACUUGUCUGUAAUAUGCUGUGCUUAUAGCAUCACAACAUUGGAAUGCAUCCACCUCAUCACAUGAUACACUGCAUUGUUAGUGCCAAAAACUGCAAUUAUAUAUCUAUCUUCAUAAAAGUCUAUAUGUAAUGUUAAUCUUCAGUCUUUAUUGUUACUCCUUACUAAUGUACUCAGGUAUAACUAUCACAGACAAGAGGUGUAUAGUGACAACAUGUAUUCAAUGACAGGAAUUCAUUACCUGGUUUCAAUUCCCAGUCUCAUUUCAUUCAUAUCAGUGUGUUCACAGAAGAUAUGUUUUCAUCUCAUUUCCCUGUCCCUCAAAAAUAUCCCAGUGAUGUUGGUCAGGCUACCUGCCAAUUGAAUGAUACCGCCAAUUAUAAAAAAUAAACUCUUGGAGACAUAAUUUAGUUGUGAAAUUACAAAUAGAUUUGUUCUUUAAAUGAUUCUGUCCAUAAUUUGGCAGUGCCACAGCUUCAGUAUAUAGUGUUUACUUUUUUCCAAACUACACCGGCCAAAUCUUGCAGUUGACCUUUGAUCUCUUCAGGACUGAUAAAAUUAGUUAGUUAUGCCUUUGCUAUUAAAAUUGCAUGGCUUUGUGCCAAUGAGAAAUAAGUAUUACCACUCUUAGUAAAUUGCUUGUGUAUGUACAUAAAACACCUACAUUAAAUAUAUUUUCAUAUCUCCGUCCAGCUUAUACCAGAAUGGAAAAGUAGGUAUAGAUCUUACAUUGUUUUUGACUAUGAGCAUCUGAGAUUAGACUCCAGUUGCUACUUAUUUUUAUGUCUGUGAUUACUUGCUAUUGUCUAUAUAUCAAUCAAACCAGUUCUAAGAUGUGGCUCAAUUGAUCACCCUGAAGUAUGCGCUGUUUGGCUUCUCUUUAGCUCCUGGUGAGCUGAGCUUUUGACUGGAGUUUUUGAGUUCAGCAGUCAUAUUUUGAACUAAAUAACAGUUGUGUAGUUUACUGGAUUAUAGUGACAAGAUUUGCAUUUUCCAUAAGGAGAAUAUAAUUAAUUUUUCAUCCCCAUAGAUCACAUAUUUCAUGCAUAAUUAAGGGAUUUAUUAUCUUUUUGUUUUUGAAUUGUGCUGAUUGAUAGACCGGUUUCACCAUGAAGAAAAUAAACUGAGCCUAUUUUAACAAAUGUUUUUCUUUGUGGUUGUUGAUUUUCAUGUAAAAAGAAAACAAUUAUAUAAAUUAUCACUUAGACAUUUCUUUCAUGUAAUAUUAAUUUACUGAAAUUGUUAUGAGAUUUAUUCGAUAUGAAAAUAUAAAUAAAAGCCAUUAAAAAAUCGUGUAUGAAUAAUUUUUUUUUUUGUGGUGGGAGAAUGUAAAUAUCAUGUGAUUCUGACUUCCACUACAUCUCAUACUGUCAUUUUGGAACAAUAAAAUCAGAUUGAAUAAA